AUGAAGCUAUUGGAGAAAAAGCAUCAACACAAACAGCCAUCGAUUAUCUGUUUGCACGUUUUAUUAAUAGACAAGUGCGUACAUCGCUCGUCGCUGCUUAAGAAUGCGAAAAGAUAUAAUCGAUUCGGACACGAACAGCACCUGGACCGCGGAGACUUCUACAUCCACGCUUCCGGUAUUCGACAAACGUACUCCGUUUGGAACCGACAAACUAAUUGGAUCCCCUGUGAACAAUUUUGUUCACAUACACGCGUUAAAAGAGAUAAAAACAGGCGUUCUAUCUUUUUUAAAAGAGAUACGGCUCGUUUAAGGUGCGCUGAAGGCACGUUUCGCGUGCAAAACAUUUACGGCGAUGGUAAUUGCAUGUUUCGAGCGAUUAGCUACAUUUUAUGGCAAAACGAGGACGAACAUCGGUAUCUGCGAUCAAUGGUUGUGCAACACAUCAAGGAAAAUUGGCACGAGUACGGACCUUUCGUGAUAGCCGAAUGGAACAUAUCGGAUCGGCAAACUUAUGAAAAUUAUAUGGACAUGGUGGGCACGUUCGCCAGUGAACUCGAAUGCACAGUCGCCACCAAGAUGUAUAACAUGAAUCUGUCGAUCUAUCGCGAGAUCAAAGACAGACCCGAACUUAAACGAGUAUUUCACAAUCAUGUGAGCUCGCAAUACGCUACAGCUAGACUGUUAUUCACCGGUAAUUCGGACAGCGGUCAUUACGACGUGCUAGUUCCUGAUUGACGAACG